ACUUAAGCUAGUUUCAUAAGUAGUGCAAUACUUAGUCAACAUAAGCAGUGAAAAUACUCUGCGAUAAAAAGCGCCUAUGUUCAUUCUACCCUAUCAGUAGAGCGUGGAGCUGAAUAUUGUAUUGUGAAUACCAUUCAUACGAUUUUCUCCUGAAUCGUCACUUCACCCAAUCAAAGCUCUCUCCAAAGAAUUAUCGCGAUAAAUCCAAAUACUCCAAUGGUCUGAUUGAGGAAAUCAAUUUUAUCACUUUUGAAAAAUAUCCUCCAAUGUUGGAAUAUGAAGCAGAUAAAAUCAAGGAGGACUGCAUAAUUUUACGAUGGUCUGGGAAACUGCAAUAUUUGGAACUCCAUUCUAAGGGGGCAUGGCGGGAUGGGUUUUCCGAUAGAUGACGCAGGAUCGUUGCAGUAUAUAUAAGCAAUGGUACAGCUAACCAAUGGCCACAUCUGGAUGUUGGAAUUAUUAAAAGCAAUUACCUAACUCUAAUACAAAAUGAAAUCCGUAGUACCAGUUCUUUUAAUUCUUGCCACUUCCGAAGCCAUUUAUGGUGAGUUGAUAUCCAAAGAAAAGGCAACACCGCGAAGGUGUCCGUUCUCGCCGUCUGUGUUCGGGAAGUGGGCGGUAUCAGACGCUUACGGUAAUGACAUGAACACCGAGAUUACUAUUAACUAUUACUAUGUGAUGGUGCGAUCCCCAGGAGUGGAACGAGUUUUCUUCUGUAAAGAAAUGGACUAUUAUGAGACAGUGUUGCUUAUUACUCCAGAAAAGGAUGAAAUUUUGUGCCUACAGUUCCCGUUUGUUGAUGAGAAUCCCAUGCUCGUUGUCAGAUUGAGUCCUACAAUGAUCAACCACUGGAGGUUUUUUGAGCCGACCCGGAACCCGUACCGUUCCCCCACCAUCGGAAACACCUGUAACCGAUACAGUGACGGCGACGCAGUGUUUCUCAACAGAAUGUACUAACGUUGUUUACAUUAUACAUAUUGUAUAUAAUAAAGAUAUUUAUUUUUGUUAUAAG